CCUUUAAUUUUCCAGUCACUUUCUUUCUAGUUUCCUGAGAAAAUCAAAAACCUAUUUCUCUCUUCUUCUUCUUCUUCUUCUUCUUCUUCUUCAGAGCUUUGAUUUUUUUGUGAUGUCAACAAAAAUGGCGAAAUCUGACAUUGAAACUGGUGGUGGUGGUGGUGGUGGUGGUGGUGGUGGUAACGAGCUUUAUCCCGGAAUGAAAGAAAGCUCGGAGCUUCGUUGGGCUUUCAUAAGGAAAGUUUACAGCAUUUUGUCUCUUCAGAUGCUCCUCACCGUCGGAGUCUCCGCCGUUGUUUACUUCGUCCGUCCGAUUCCUGAGUUCAUCACUGAGACUCACCGCGGCCUCGCCGUCUUUUUCGUCGUCCUCAUUCUUCCUUUCCUCCUGUUGUGGCCUCUGUUGGCUUUUGAGAAGAAGCAUCCCAUAAACUGCAUUGUCCUGUCCAUCUUCACUCUCUCCAUUUCCUUCGCUGUGGGGAUUUGCUGCUCUCUCUCCAAAGGGAGGAUUGUUCUGGAGGCUGCAAUUCUCACAUCUGUGAUGGUCUUUGGUCUAACGAUCUAUACCUUCUGGGCAGUGAAGAGAGGACAUGAUUUCUCCUUCCUUGGACCAUUCCUCUUUGGUGCACUCCUCAUUAUCCUCGUCUUCUCUCUUUUGCAGAUAUUCCACCCUCUCGGGAAGCUCUCUUCGAUGAUAUUCAGCGGAAUAGCUUCAAUCGUGUUCUGCGGAUACAUCAUCUUCGACACCAACCAGCUGAUCAAGAAACUCAACUACGACGAGUAUAUCCCUGCCGCGAUCCGUCUAUACCUCGAUGUUAUGAAUCUCUUCCUCAACCUCCUCGGCAUCAUGGGCAACACCCAGUGACAUGUGUUUCAUCUUCUUUGAUGGUGUCGUUUUAUUCUACUAAUUCCAGACAUAGAUUUAUCGAAUAUUAAGAACACAUUAAUAUAGAUAUUGUGAGUGU